GCAGCACAGAGGAGGAAACCGUCCCCGUAUUCCAGCACGGUGAUCAUGGCGGCUGGCUGGCUGCCUCCCCUCCGUUCGCCCCCCGCGACUCCUCCGAAUUCCCGCUUCAGACGCAGUGUCUCAAACUCCGCUCAGAAUGACCUUCCUCGACGCCGCCAGGAUAGCAGAGAGAGAAAAAGGCGCGCCUAGGAAUUCCCGCCCUGAGCUCGUAAGCCCCCUCCACUUAUGCAUAUACAAAUCCACCUCCUCUUGACUGGCUGCAACAAGACAUUCAUUUUGAAAAGCCACCCUUCUCAUUGGACGGCAACUCAAGCGCAUGCAAAUGAGAGAACCUUCCCUUCUCUUUCCCCCCCUCUCUCUCUCCCCCUCCCGUGUGUAAUACUGUGAUGAGAAUUUUUCAGACAGUAACUUUGCGCGUCUCUUACUAUAAGCAAAUAGUUCCAAGCCCCCACCCCUUGUAUUUACCACGGGGCGAGGUUCCGCAGUCCCAGCUUUGAGCUAGAGAGAAUGCCGACUCUUUCCGGACCUAUUCCGGGCGGUAGACUGAGGGGAGGGGAGGGGGCGGAGCAGGAGGAGAGAGAGAGAGGAAGCAAAGAGACGUGUCCCCAUCGCCACCUAUCCCCCCGCGGAGGGAUAUUUGUAUAUGUCUUUUCCUCCCGCACCAAAAUAUUGAGAGUUAAGAAGAGGCAGCUCCUCUGUGCAAUUGAGCUCAGAAGAGAGCAGUGCCAGUCGGAGGCUGAGCUGCUGCUGCUCAGGGGCUGCCCGCCUUACUGCAGCGCUGGAUUGAAUUCAGAGUCACACGGCAGUGAAUCUAUGAGCGGAGUGGAUUUAUUUCAAUACAUUCAUCGCAAGUCUCCAGCAUUUGUUCGUGUGGGUUACUUUUCAAUGCAAAACCGAAGAAACCUAUACUCGUGCUGAACAAAAAGCGAAGAUCAUUGUAUUUCAUUUUUUAAAAAAUAUUUUUUACCAAAAAAAAAAAAAAGGAAUCCAUUUCAUCUGGGAUUCUGCCUUUGCUGCUCGUUUCCGGACGUCAGUUUCUACUUUGGAGGGAAAAGAUACUAUUUUGAGGAGAGGGGGAUUUUUUUUUUCAAAAAAAGGAACUCAGCAAGAUUCCCAGACAGCUGCUUCCAAGUCUCCCCCGCCCCAUCUCUCCUCCUUCCCAAUCUUGGGAAGGAGUCUCCGCUGCUGGCCUUUCAACUGCGCUCAUCAGCUGUUUGUGUGUGUGUGUGUUUUGGUUUGCUUUCUGUGAAUUGACUUAAAAAGCCGGAGGAGGACUCGGAUCUCGAUUGAUUUAUUUCCCCCCCCCGCGUUCUUGUUCCAUUGGAAGAUGUUACUCUCCAAGUUUGGAUCACUGGCUCACCUUUGCAACCCAACCAGUAUGGAUCACUUGCCGGUCAAGAUCCUCCAGCCAGUGAAAGUGGAGAAGGAGGCGUUCGAUAAAAUCUAUCAAGUGGGCUCUGUGCUGGGCAGCGGGGGAUUUGGCACGGUCUAUGCUGGGAACAGGAUCGCAGAUGGCUUGCCGGUUGCCGUGAAGCAUGUGGUGAAGGAGAGGGUGACGGAGUGGGGCACAAUUGGUGGAGUAAUGGUGCCCUUGGAGAUAGUUUUGCUGAAGAAAGUGGGCUCUGGCUUCCGCGGUGUCAUCAAGCUGCUGGAUUGGUACGAGAGACCUGAUGGCUACUUGAUUAUCAUGGAAAGGCCAGACCUGGUGAAAGAUCUUUUUGACUUCAUCACCGAGAAGGGAGCCCUAGACGAGGAGACGGCCCGGAGAUUUUUCCGUCAGGUCCUGGAGGCAGUGCGCCAUUGCUACAGCUGCGGUGUGGUGCACAGAGACAUCAAAGACGAGAACCUCUUGGUGGAUCUGAGGACAGGAGAGCUGAAGCUGAUAGAUUUUGGGUCUGGAGCCAUCCUCAAGGACACCGUCUACACUGACUUCGAUGGAACACGAGUAUACAGUCCUCCAGAAUGGAUUCGCUACCACAGGUACCACGGAAGAUCAGCAACUGUGUGGUCUGUGGGUGUCCUCCUGUAUGACAUGGUCUGUGGUGACAUACCUUUUGAGCAAGAUGAAGAGAUCUUGAGAGGACGGUUGUACUUCAGAAGAAGAAUUUCACCUGAAUGCCAACAACUGAUCAAAUGGUGCCUUUCAUUGAGGCCUUCAGACAGACCAACCCUUGAGCAAAUUUUCGACCACCCAUGGAUGCACAAAUCAGAAGUUGCGAAGUCAGAUGAUUGCGAUAUAAGGCUACGGACCAUUGACACUGAUGUGUCUAGCACAAGUUCGAGCAACGAGAGCCUGUGAAGUACUGAGGACCUUGCAAAGGGAGGGGAGCUACAAGCAGGAAAAAAAAGACCAGAGUGCUGCUGCUGCUGCCAUAUGUAGGAGGGGCUAGAAAAAAAUGCAUUCAUUAUUCUGUAGUCUGAAUCUUUGAGGGACUUGAUUUUUAUUUUUCCCCUUUUUGCUGGUUUCUGCUUUGGAUGAGAGAUUUCCUUUGGAAAUGGUGAUGUUUUGGAGUUUGCAGGCCAGUACUUAGUCAAAAGACUGACCUUUUUAUUAAGAAAAGCAGUGACCUCUUUAAAUAACAUGGUAAAACUUUUUGCUCUCAUAGAGCCUGGACUAGAUUUUAUUUGCUUUUUGAGUGCCUUUUUGAAAGCUGCUUCAGUGGGACUUUCUUUUUUGAGCUGUGUAUGUCCAAAGAAGAUCCAGUACAUGAUAGGAUUUUGUUCCCUUUAGCCACUAAAGGUGCUGGGGGGGGAAGCAGCUCCUAUGAUGCAUUGGAAAACAUGUUCAGUGAUUGAAUGAAGUAGUCCCAUCCACUGGUGAUGGAAUACUUGAACACAGACAUUUCACUCCUUUCUGGUUCUUCGCCAGCCUUUUCCCCCCACCCUCCUCCAAAACAACCUCUGCUGCCCCAUACUAUAUUUCCAGUAGGCUGCACAUGAUAUCAGCUGUUUAUCAGGAACACUCACUCAUAUUUCAUUUCAUCAUCUCUACCACUGGGCACACACACACACACACACAAAGGCCCUUUCUCAACUCCCCCAACCUGCAAGUCUUAAAAGUAUGUAUGGGCAUGUUAAAUGCACAAUCAAUGCAAUAUUCAAGGACUUUGUGUGUGUGUUUUCCAUACCUGUAUAAUGUGUUUUUGUAAAUUUUGUUUUUUCCCAUGUAUUAUACAGUUUUAUUUAUUGUCUGGACUUUAGAAGACUUCUCACAGUCUCAUCCGUGGCUAUUUAUUUUAGCUAAUUUAUUUGUUUAGAAUUAUUCAACACUGCUUUUUUCUCUCUCUCUUAGUCCUGUCAUGGGAAUGGAUUCCGGUCCACAACUAGUUUUUGCAUCCCUAUCUGUCUUUGUCCAUUUUUUAAAAAAUUGUUUUAAAAAGAAAAAAAAAGUCUGACCAUACCUGGGUUUUUUUUUUUUUCAUUUUUGGUUGGAAGAUGGAAAAUUGUACAAAGUCUAAUUUAAGGGAACUAGAGUGACUUUAAAAGUUAGUCAGUAUGCCUUUUUGUCUGGUAUUGUUUACAUACCAGAAAUGUAAAGUAAUGCUGUUUGGAAGGGUUUUAAAUUAUUGACAUUGUACAGUCUUUGUGUGUUGGCUCUGGAAGGAAGAGUGGCAGAGUCAUCAACCUUAAUUUAUUUUAAUAGCUGUGUGUUCUGUGAUCUGGUUGCAUUUAUGCAGCUUGGAUAUGAUUUUUUUCCUUCUGUUUAACAGUGUGAAAUGUAUGGAGAUCAUAUUUUUUUAUACAGGUAUUUCAAUUAAACUUUUUUGUAGAUAA